UAAGGUCUUAGUGGAAGACAAACUCUAACACGAGCGCUCAUAAACAGGUAGAUCUUUGACUCGCGUGUCUAUAAAAUGUUGGCCGAAAUAAACCUUUUCGAACAAAAAAAUAGAGGAAUUUUUGAUAGGUGAAAGGUGAAAAUGAUCGUUAAAUUCUUAGACGUCAAAAAUGGUAAAUAACGGCCUGAGUUAUGAGUGCAGGUGUUAUUAUUUUAUAAACAGUCCUCGAACAGAGUCGACAAAGAGGUAUCAGAUGGACACCUCGAAUCGGACCUUUCCCGCGACCCGAAAAAGUUUCGUCUUGCACCUGGAGACAAAGGAGAAACCAAUCGGGAAGCGAGAAAAGGGACGAGGGACCAAUCCGAAAGGCGAACAGUGGGGGAAAAACUAUAAAAAUCGGAACUUCAAGGUCGAAGAAGAGUCUCCUCCGGAUUAACCCUACAGUGGUGAUUAAAUUUGUGUUGUGCAUCCGCCGCUCACCGAGGACACCGCAACGAAACGACGAACUUCUGCUUCGUCCGGAUAUCCUUCUCGUCCGCCCGAACUGCAACCGAGAUCACGAACUUUCGCCGUUCCCAGGAGAUUUUGGAAUUAUCCUAUAUCGAUGUAAGCAUGAAUUCGAACAAAUAAACGGGUUUUAUCUUGUAAAACACUUGUGCAUCAUUUGCCUCCUUCGCCACCGCCCACAUACGCGGUUUCCCUUAGGCUCAUUCUGACGUGAGAUAGACUUUUUCCCCCUCAACGUCGGCAAACCUUACACUGGCGUCAGAAGUUGGAUUUUAGGCCCAAUCUACACCAGAGUUAACCUUACACUGGUGUCAGAAGCUCGGGAUUAUUUGUGUCCCACAACAUUUGAAUUUAAUCAAUCAAUGGCUUCUUCAAGUAAGAUGAUGAAGAUGACCGAGGAAGAGGAAGUGCUAAAACAUAGAAACAAAAAUGGCUGAUAUUACAGAACCUGUCUUAGUUGCUGUUUUAUAUAAAAAUUCAAUUACUAAUCAACAAGAUGAAGAUCGAUCAUCUAUUAUUGGUACAAUUUUAAUUCAUGAUAGAAGUGUUAAAUUAGAAAAAUUAAGAAGUGACCUUAAAAGACUAGUUCCUGCAUUACCUUCUGACUUUCAGUUUGUUACUAAAGAAAGUUGGCCUAUUGCAGAUAUUUGUGAAAGUGAAAUAAAAGCAAGUCAGAUUAUUGGAAUUGAUAAUAUAUUAAGAAUUUGCAGAAAAUUUGAUCUUCCACCAGUUGGUAUAAAAUUUCAAGAAAGGUCAAUAGGAUUUGUAUUUGUAAAUCUAAAUAGCACAUUACAACAAAUUCGUGAAAUUAUUCAAAGUCAGUUAAACAAUAGUUUACCAGAUUCAUUUAUAUAUAUAAAUCAACAGAAACAAUGGCCAGUGUCAAAAGAACAAGAAUGCAAAUUGAUAGGUUGGGAUAUAUUAUAUCAUGAACAUUUCAUGUUGAGUUCUAAUGUAAAGUCCUUUCGUGCCCAAUGUAAAGAUAGUUCUGAAAAUAUAAAACGAAAAAAGUGCAAAACUAAUAGUGAAAGAGACAAGUUAAUGGAAAUGUCAGUAGCAGAAAGACGAAAUUCUCUCCCUAAUCUAAAUUUCUAUCAAAACAAGAAAAUAUUAAUUAGUUAUGUACGAGCUGAAGCUUCCAAACAUGCAAGGGAUCUCAAGAGAGAGUUAGCUGAUUUAGGUUUCAAUGUAUUUCUUGAUAUUGAUGAAAUACAAGCUGGAAAUGAUUGGCAAGAUAAACUCAAUGAUGCUGUUGGAAGUUGUGAAAUUUUUGUGCCAUUAAUUACUCCUCAGUAUGGACUUACAAGAUGGACUAAUAGAGAAAUUAAACUAGCUGAUGUGAUGGAAAAAGUCAUAAUACCAAUAAAUUUUCUGGAUCAUUGGCCACCUGAUUGUUUAAGUAUUCAGUUCUGUGCUCUUCAGUAUAUUCCUUGGAAAACUUUAGGGGAAUUUGAAAAGGAACCCUUCACUAAGAAGUUAUCCCAGUCCUAUAUCUGAAGAGUAUUCAAUCAUAAAUAAACCAAAAGAUGGUGUACCUUUAAUUGUUAUAAGUGUUCAUCCAGAUCAAAAAUCAAUUGGAAAUGAUUUGAGGACUAGAUUACAAAAUAAGAAUGUUGAAGUUUGGUGCUCAACAGAUGAUUUAGACAAAGAUUAUGAUUCAUGCAGCUCAAUAAGUAGUUCACCAGUUACUCCUACAGCAUCUUUACAUUUUCUAGGAAGAAGUCACAGUCCUGUGUACAAUAGCAGUCAGUCUGAUAAUACUUCAGAAUUGGGAAGAAAAUCAAGUUUUCAGUUCUCAAAUAAUUUUGAAAAUGG